AUGUAUGUUGUAUCAAAUAUGAGAUCACAACACUCCCCAUGUUCCCCACCUGCCCCUCUCGCGCUUGUCCCCCCCAACCCCAGCACGCCCAUCCACGGCAUCAUCGGCAUGACAGCACUGGCUCUAGACGCCCUCGAGUCACUCCACGACCCCCAUGACCCCCACGACCCGCACGACCUCGCCACACACCCUUCCUCUGACGCCCUCGCGCUGCGGAACGAUCUGACGGUGGAGCUGCACGAGCAUCUGACGGUGGUGGCACAAUCUGCCGACUGCCUGCUGAACAUCGCCAACACCGUUUUAGACCUGGCGAGGAUAGAGGCGGGGCAGCUGGCGCUGGAUAAAGUGCCCUUCGCCCUCAGGGAUGUUGUUGGCUCUACCAUGAGAAUGCUGCAGGUGCGGGCGGAGCAGAAGCAGCUGCUGUUCUCAUGGCAGGUGGCGGAGGGGGUGCCUCACACAUUGGUGGGGGACCCAGGCAGGCUGCAGCAGUGCAUCAUCAACCUGGGGCCGGAGGGAUCCUUAUCUGCUCGUCUCUCCGACCCCCUCCCCCAUUCCGUUGUUGCUAACCGCAGCAGUAACAACCACCCCAACACCAAUGCCAACGCCACGAACACUGACCGUAGGGCUAACACGAACAGCAGCACUUAUUCCAAUACUAACCCUGGCAUUAACACCAAUGUCUUUGUUCCCACGGAGGUUUCUCGUGCUCUCCGGCAGCGAAUGCUCGAGCAAGGGAAUGCAGGGGCAGGGAGCAACCUCCAUCCGCAGGUUGAUUCGGAGGCGGGGACUUGCAGGGAGAGAGGGCACGAGGCAGUCAGUGAUGGGAAGGAGCGAGUAGGCAAGGCGGGGAGGCACAGGCACAGGCACCGACAGGGGAACGGUCAUGCAGGGAGGAGCUCAGGGAGAGAGAGAAGGGAUUGGGGAGGAGGAGGAGGAGGAGGAGAAGCGGGGAGAGACGUGUCUUCUGGGCCAGAGGGGACGGCAGGUGGGCUGGGGAGAGAGGAGGUCAGUGGGGAAGGGAGCAGGAGGGAGGUGGGGAGGAGUGUGAGUGAAUUUCAAAGUGGUAGAAGCGAUGCUGCUUGGUAUUCAGACUCUUCUGCUCGUCCAAUAGCUAGAGCGACUCGUGCAAGCUUGGUUAGGUCCGAGAGUGACCAAGCCAAGCUGUUUGGUUCGGGUGGGAGGAGCGGGAGGAGACGACCGGGCGCACACGAGCAAAGUAGUGAUGGGGUGGGGAUGCCUCAGAGUGGUUGGUCAGACACUGGUGAUUCAGAUACGAGUGACAGGGACGCUGCAGCGAGGGCCAGACAGACUCUGGACUCCUUUCGAGCCCAGCUGCUCUCUGCCAGCCAGCAGCCAGAAGGUUCCUCUCUUCCCACUGGCCAUCGCAGGCGCAGGAGCAGAGAGAGCAGACGGAGCAGGGGGAGCAAGGGAGGCGGUAAGAGCAGUGGGAGCAGCAGCAGCGGCGGCGGCAGCAGCAGCUCGGAUGAAAAGAACAACAACGAUAUCCGUACCCAUGCUGAUGAUGACGACGAUGACAUCACGCCUCGAGCAGUGAUCAGCAGCAGCAGCAGCUGCCUGCGCACGAUCGGGCGGAUAGCAGCAGCAGGGCUUGUCUCCUCCUCCUACCCCUCCCUGCCCUCCCAUGCAGCCCAGCGCGCAGCAGAGCGGCCUCUGCUGGGCCCCAACUACCAGGAGAGGGGGGAUUCGAGCUCAGGGGGAGAGGAGCUGGUGGGCAGUGCGAUGAGAGCGAGGGGCAUGCAUCGAUCCACUUCUGAAGGCUCCCCUGGGGGUUCUGGGGUGGUAGUGUCUGCACGGAAGGGAGGGUCUGGGGUGCUGGGCUCUGCACUCAAGGGGGGAAUUGGUGCUGCUAGUGUUGGUGGUGCUGGCGGUAGUCCUGCUGCAGGUGGUGGUGGGUCUGGUGGGUCAGGGGGAAUGUCUAGAGGUAUUUCCCACAGUGCUUCCCGAUCUGGGUCGAGGAGUGUGUCAAGAAAAGGGUCGAGAACCAACCUUGCUGUGUGGUUUGCUGAUGGUGCCGGUGGGGACAGUGAGACAGAGAAACGCGCAGCGGCUGGGUUCUCUGCUGCAGCAGCACCUGAAAACUCACCUGAACCCGCACCUGAGGAAAUGGCCGGUGGGGCUGCCAGCGGUGUCGGUGUGAGGUCAGGGGACCGAGAAGGAGCAGGGGAGGGACGGGGAGACGGCGAGGGCAUGGGGAAUCCCGGGAGAAGAGGGAGUGGGGGGUCAGGAGCAUUCAAGUCGAGUGCAGAGCUGCAGUGGUCUGAUCUAGGCAGUACGUUUGUGAGGAGGGAGGGCGCAGAGGCAAGCAGCAAGGCGGCAGCAGGGAAGAAAGUCAGAAGCCCCCCUCUCUCCUCGAGGGUUCCUGAGGAUGCAAGCUUGGGAGGCCGAGGGGGGGAACGAAUGGGGUUUUCUCUUGGUACAGCAGCAGCAGGGGGGUCUCUGGCAUCGCCUGCACCAGUUGCAGCCUUCCCCCGGGCUGUUUCAGGGGGGGUCCCGGACAAGCCUGCGGCGAACAUUUUCAGCAUGGGAUCUCUGAAGAGUCAACCCAGCAACGCGUCUUCUGUCUUCAGCCGCAGCAGCAGCACCCGCUCCCGUGCCUUCCCCCCCGACUCUCUCGUCGCUGCUUCCGAGCCUGCUAUGUACCCCGCUGCCUUGGACUCGUCUUUGAUUAUCCCUGCAUCUGACCCUGCGCUAAGAAGCCGGCUAGACCACACUUACGUAAGUGUCAGUGGGAGCGCUGGUGCGAGGGUAGGCAUGAGUGGGCGGAUGGGGGGGGAAGCGGCUGCACGGCCGAUCAGCAGAGGGGGGUUGGGGAGGAGCAGAAGGAGGAGGGGCAGCGGGCGGGAGGGCGAGAUGGUGGGAUCGAGCAUGGGCUCUGGCAUGUGGGGCAUGUUCAGCAGGAGAAUGGAUAGCGGUUGGUCAGGUCAAAGCGGGGUUGAGUCGCUUCGCGGGGCAAGUAGUGAGGAGUCUGGGAGGAGAGCAGGUGGGUCGGGGAGGCGGGUCGGAAGAGGAGGAGGCAGAGAGGAGGAGGAAGUGGAAGGGGAAUUGGAAGAGGAGGAGGAGAAGGAGGUGUGGAUCCUGGUGUCGGUGAAGGACACGGGGAUUGGCAUCAGUGCGGAGAAGCAGGGGGAGAUUUUCCACAACUUCGUGCAGGCGGACACGUCGUACACACGGGAUUACGGGGGAAUAGGGCUGGGCCUCAGCAUCGUGCAGAGCCUUUCCCCCUGCCCCUCCCUGCCUUUCCCUGCUCUUCCUCCGUGCCUUACCUGUUUCAUCACCAGCACCACCCCAUUGCGUCCUCCCCUGGCCCCACACAGUCUGGUGCACAUGAUGGGGGGAGAGGUGUGGGUGGAGAGCGACCUGGGCAAGGGAUCCACAUUCUUCUUCACAGCCCGCCUCGACACCGCCCCUCCCGGCACCACCACCACUCCCGCACACCCCCCCCAGGCCUUCGACCCGUCUGCUCCUCCUUCUCUCGCCGCCUCCUCCUCUCUCUACGCCCUUUCUUCUGAACUUCCCCCCGGGUUUCCCCUGGCUGGAUACGGGGCUGAAAUCGCUCGGUUUGACUCGUCUGUGAGCAUGUCGGAUCACGUGGCUUUUAACGAGUACGUUUCGUUACAAGGAGGAGCCUCAGCAGAACACACGCCUGCUCGCUCGGUGUAUGCAUCAGCUCGAUCGGGAUACACUACGGAGUUCGCCACUGCUCCUCAGUCCCCUCUAGACUCCUCCCCUGAAAGCCCCCCUCUCGUCCCUGCCUUGACUCCCUCGCACUACCCUAGUGCACACUACCCCAGUGCACACUACCCUAGUGCACACUACCCCAGCACCAGCCCUGCCAUCAUGCCUCUUCCUCUCUCCCUCUCCUCCGAUUCUAUCCAAUCCGCACCCGCUUUUGCUGCUACUGCUGCUGCUACUGCUGCUGCUGCUGCUGCUGCUUCUGCUGCUGGGGCGAUUGCUCCUUCUCCGCUCCCUGCUGCUGCUCCUUCUGCUGCGUCUUCUCCAGCAAUCCACCAGUCAAACCACACUCCACCCCCGCGCACCCCUCGCUCACUUCUCCGCGUACAGACCCCCGCGCCCUUGCUCACAGCAGCAUCUCUUCCCGCUGCCACUGCCAGGGCAGGGGGGAGGGUGCGAGGAGAGGAGGGGGAGAGUGAUGAUGGUGGUGUGAGGAGUGGAGGGGAGAGUGGGCAAGGAAGUGCAGGCGGGAGGGGGGGGCUGUUCAUCAUCCCUCCCUCCGUCACACUCCCUCCCACCCUCGCCAUUCCCAGCCCUCGCCCCUUCCCAACCUCCACUUCCGAAGGCCGGCCCCGUCCAGCACGUUCGGCGUACUUCUCAGGCCCGGUGCUAGGCUCGGGAGGAGCAUCGACAGCCACAGUGCGCCCGAGCCUGCAAACCAUCCCUGCGGAUGCGUCUUCUCCGAGCCUGCAUUCUCCGAAGCUGCUGUCACCAACGUGGUGGCAUUCCAAUAAGCUGCCAUCGCCCACAGGGAGCAGAGAGGGCGCAGCAGGGUCACAUGCUGCUGCUGCUCCCCCUGCUGGCUUUGCUGUUGCACCGCUCUCCACGCCCUCCCCCCGUGGCCGCCGCAUCUGGAGGGACCUAGAGGACCCCUCUCCCCGUGCUGCCGCUGCUUUUGCUGCUGCUCCGUUCUCCCCUCGCACGCCACGAGGGUGGGGGGUGGCCAGGGGAAAAGGGGUUACAGGCAGUGGUGGGUGGGGGGCGAGUGGAGGAGAAAGUGGGGGAGGCAGUGGGGGAGGCAGUGGGGGAGGCAGUGGGGAAGGCAGUGGGAGAGGCAGUGGGGGAGGCAGUUGGGGAGGCAGCUUGGGGGAGAGUGUGCCGGGGAUAAGGGUUGUUGAGGGGAGUGUACUUGUGCCUGGUAGUGGAGUUGUUUCGGCAGUGAAGUCAGGACAAGGAGCACAAGGGGGAGCAAACAGGGAAGCUGAAGCAAGGGCUGGAGCAGGGGCAGCUGAGGCGAGAGAAACUGCAGAAGUAACUGUAACCAUGGCAGCUUCAGGUGGAACAGCAGGCGCAACAGAAGGUGCUGCAGCAAUUGGAGGAAGAGGAGAGGAGCUGGCAGAAGCAGAGGGCACAAGCACGCCCACACUCUCAGACACUUCUUCGAUCGAUUGGAAUAUCCCUCCCUCCCCAGCAGCAGUGGCAAGAGGCAAGUCAGUGGCGGCACGUUCAGCAGCAGCACGUGCAUUCUCCCGGGAUGUGAGCCUCUCAGGGGGGAUUGCCGGCUCACCUGGCUCCUCCCGCCGCCACCUCUCCCCUCCCCUCUCCAAACUCGCCUCUGAAUCCUCUCGCUCUCUCUUUUCUCCAAAUCUCGCCCGUCCUAGUGCCAUGUCCCCGGACCAGGCCGCGUCUCCCGAGCCUGCGCAACCAGGCUCGGCAGCGUCGGUCGGAGACAUGCAGCUGAUAGGCGAUUGGGGCUUUCUCGCUCCCGGAACUGCCACUUCGGUUCGGGCUGCGAACGCAAACUUUUCUCCAGCUGCCCGACCGCUUGCUGCAGCGUUACCUGCCCGGCGGGGGCAUGCGAGUCACAUCAGCAUGGAUGAAAGGUCGACCACGAGUUUCCGGUCCUCUCGGCCCAGCUCUGGCAGCGUUGCCACUGGGAGCAGUGGGGAUGUCGAUGCUGCCGAUCUCGAUGCUCUCGCAUCUGCUCCUCCUGUCGCUUCUGCCUCUUCUCCUGCUGCUGGGAAUGUCAGGGUUGGAGUUGGUCUCAACACUUCGGCUGCUGCUGCUGCUGCUGCCGUGCCACCUCACAGCCUUAUUGAUGCAGCACCAGCCAAUCCCGCAGGGACGGCGGUAGGCUUGGGAGCAAUGCCAGGCAUGGCUUGGGAUGAUUCCAGAACAGCUUCGGCUCUUCGAACCUCAGCCCCAGGCCUGGCAAGCAUGAGAGGCAGCAGGUCCGGAGGCAGCUACGAGCCUGCAGCAGCUGCGGCAGUGUCAGCCUUGGAAGUAGAGGAUCUCACCAGCAGCAGCUCUAGAGGAGGUGAUGUCAUGAUGACUGCUACAUCAGUCACAGGGUCUACUAGUGCAGGUGCUCUUGCUAGUGCGCUCUCUCUGCCGCUUCAUUCCUCCUCCCAGGCACGCCCCUCGGUGUCGCUUCAUUCCUCCUCCCAGGCACGCCCCUCGGUGUCGCUUCAUUCCUCCUCCCAGGCACGCCCCUCGGUGUCGCUUGCCGUACCACUGCUACAGAGGAGCCCGUCCAACAAGGACCCUGCGCUCCCCUUGCCUCCUCCUGCUCGCAGACGCUCCCCGUCCCUCUCCGCUGUCCCCGAUGCCUCUGCUGCUGCUUCUUCUGCUGCCUCUGCUGCUGCUGCUGCUGCUGCUGCUGCUGCUGUUGCUGCUGUUGCUGCUCCUUCUUCUGCUCCCACUGCUUCUGCUACCACUACCACUGCUUCCUCUGGUGGGCACUAUCACCCGCUGCUGGGCCCUCUGCCUGAGCAGCAGGCGCCUGCUGCUGCUGAGAUUGUGUCUGACCCUAAGGCACAGCAGCAGGCACACCAGCAGGCUCAGCAAUCGCAUAAGGCCACCGCCACCUCAGCCCCGGCAGCUCAGCCAUCCACACGUAAACAUCAGCAAUUUGCUUCUCCACCCGCCAAGCUGGAGCUUCAGGGUGCUCCUCAGGUGCAUGCUGCAGCAGCAGCAGCAGCAGCAGGAGAGGUGCGAUCGAGGCAGGGAGCUGAUGCUGUGGCUGGUGGGGGAGGGCCUGCUGACACGGUCAGGGCCAUGGGGUUACACACUGGGAGCACGGGCAGGCAAGUGGAGCCUGGAAGGAUCAGCCUGGAAGGAUCAGACUCAGGUACAGGUGCAAGCUCUGGACGGCCCUCCCGAGCUCGGGGGGCACUCUUACUGGCGGGGGUGCGAGCGCUGCUGGCAGAGGACAACAUGGUCAACCAGCGCGUGGCCAAGCACGCUCUCACCAAGGUGGGCGCGACGGUGGAGAUUGCUGGUAACGGACAGCUGGCGCUCACUGCCAUUGAGGAGCGGGCAGCGUCGUUCGACGUCAUUCUGAUGGAUAUUCAGUGCUAUGAAGCGGGGAUGGAUGGGUAUGCAGUGAAGCCGUUUAAAAUAGAGCAGCUGUCAAGAGGGAUCCAAGCAGUUCUCAAAGGGGCAAAGAAUGUGGAUGUCACGGUGAUGUGA